GGAGGAACGAGACGCUGAGUGUGCGGCUCGAAGUCGAGCCGAACGAGGUCGAUCGGAUGUGCAUCGAGAGUUGAGUGAGUUGAACGAUCGUCUGGACGAGGAACGCGGCGUGACAGCGCGACAGAUUGAGAUUGGAAAGCGUCAAGAGGCUGAGAUUGCAAAACUGAGACGCGAACUGGACGAGAUGAAGGUCAGGGAGUAUUCGCAGCUGAACGCAUUGAAUAAGAAAAAUACGGACGGAAUUGCAGAGUUGAACGAUCAAAUCGCUGAAAUGAAACGACAAAAGGCGAAAAUUGAUAAGGAAAAGGCCAGUCUGACGAGUCAAGUCGAGAUGGCAAUGUCACACUGCGAUGCGCAGACAAAACUUCGUGCUGAUGUUGAGCGUCGUCGCAAAGAACUUGAAGUAACAUUAGCGGAUUUGAGGCAACACUUCGAUGAGCAAUCGGCGAAACUUCAAGACUCAGCAGCUAUCAGAAAUCGUACGUCGUCAACGAAUGACGAAUUGAAGAGUCGUAUUGAGGAGCUGCAAGCAGAGAUUGAUGCGAUCACCGGCUUGAAGACACAAAUCACACAUCAGCUGGACGAAACAAGACAAUUGGUAGCUGAAGAGAAUUCAGAAAAGAAACGACUUGACACAUUGGUUAAGAGUCUUCGGAUUGAAAGUGAACACACGAAUGCAUCGUUACAGGACGAGAUAGCUGCUCGAGACGAGCUAGAAGCGCAAUUGAACAGAGCGCUUGCAGAAGUACAACAACUGAAGGGACGAUUCGAAAGUGCUGAUUUGCUGGAUGAGAAUGUCAUCGAGAAGCAAAAAAUGAUGACAUGUUCAGCGAUAAAAGAAAUCGAGAUGAAGCUGGACACGAGUAAUGCCAAAAUAACGACACUUCAGAAGGAAAAGGAUCGACUGAGCGAAGAAGUGAACGAUAUAAACGGUGAAGUGGAGCGAUUGAGCAGUUAUAUAAGCCAAUUGAAUAAGAAAGAGAAAAGUUUCAACGAAACGAUUGGCGAAUGGAAAAAACGUGUUGAUGAUGCCAGUAACGAAUUGGAUUCAGCACAACGCGAAUGCAGACUGUGCACAUCGGAUCUCUUCAAGGAACGUACUGUGAACGAUAAUCUCACCAUGCAAAUGGAGGGUUUGAAAUAUGAAAAUGCAAAUUUGGAUAAGCAAUUAAAAGAGCUGCGUGUUCAGUUCGAAAACGGUGGUAAGAGCAUAAAUGAGAAGCAAAAAAUGAUGAAAAGCUUCGAGUUGGAGAAAGAGGAACUGCAACGUUUGGUUGACGAAACUGAGGCAGCCGCCGAAAGUGAACAAAAUAAAGUUUCCAGAUUCCAAACAGAAAUC